AGUGAAAGAAGCAUCUUCAAAUCAUGGCGAAAUUCCUUCUAAUCUCAGGAGCAGUCUGUCUCCUGGUGAGUCAAAUCUACGCGGCACCCUUAAACGAGGAUGAGCGCAAGAAGCUCAGCUUUGGGGCAAGAUUCGACCCAUCCGAAGUCCAAGUCGUUCGCUACGAGAACGAUCACAACGCGCUGGACAACUACCAGUUCAACUUCGCACUGAGCGACGAUCAGACACGAGAAGAGGUCGGAACGCUGAAGGACGGCAAAGAUCAGGAAGGAAACAACGUGCGAUUCUACGUGGUCCAAGGGUCGUAUUCGUUCCUGGGUGACGACGGCCAGACGCACUGGGUGCACUACACCGCCGAUGAGACCGGCUACCACCCGAGGUUGGGAACGGGGCCGGAUCCGGAGAAGAAGUAUUGAAGGGAUGUGAUGGAUGUGAUGGAUGGAGAAUACCGAUGAACGACCACAUGCGUAAAUUGAAAUGACAAUUAAACAAUAAAUUUAUAAACUGUAAAUAAAAUGAGCAAUUUUGAAAUCA